CGUGCGGCGACCAGGACGUUCACGCCGCCCCCGACGACCCCGGCGACGACGAGCAAGAUGCCGUACGACUCAAACGACGCGCGCCGCCUCGGUGCACAGGCCCUCUCCCACGUUAUCCUCGCUCUCCGCGUGCUCGGGCGCGUUCUCCUCUUCGUCCUCCGUGUCCCCUUCCUCGGCCAGCUCGCCAGUCUUGUGCUCAUCCAGUGGUACGCGUACGGAACCUAUCGCCUCUACCUGAUCGGUACCUGGGGCCCCGGCUUUCCGAAUGGAUGGACGGCUUGGAUAGCUUUCCUCACGGCCCUCCCCUUCUGGGCGGCACUGCAGCUCUUCUGGCUGGUCGUCUCGGUCGGCUUCCAACGAAAAUGCGCGGGUAGAUUCAAGGCGUGGCGCGCGGGGCGGGCACAGAACGACGGGUACAUGAUGCUCGACCCGCGGGGCAGCAUCGAGGAGGACGCGCGCCCUCCCUCCCCCAAAUUCGGACCCCGUUCGCGCGUAUUCGGCGCGCACACACUCUGGUACGCCGCACAGAUCGUCUUCUACGUCUCCGUCCUCCUCGCCGCCCUCUACCACUACAAGCACUAUGAGCACCCGGCAGACGUGCGCCUCCGUCCCGCGCUGCACCGCGCGCUCGCAGACGCACACCCGAACCCCGCCGGGUAUGCGCCGCGCUCGGAGAAAAUCUUCAUCGCGGCCGCGUUCCACCAGAACCAGGACGUGCUCCCGUACUGGACACGCUCAAUGAAGCAGGCGAUCACCUACCUCGGUACAGACAACGUCUUCGUCUCGAUCGUCGAGAACUACUCCACGGACCGCUCCCCUGACCUCCUGCGUGAGUUCGCGCGCGACCUCGACCGCCUCGGUGUGCGGAAUCGCGUGCUCGUCUCCGACGAAACCGUGAAGAAGCCUGAGCACGUCGAAUGGAACCCGCGCAUUGAGUUCCUCGCCGCUAUCCGCAACCAGGCGCUCGAGCCGCUGCUGGCCUCUGGAGGGUACGACCGCGUCCUCUUCUCGAACGACAUCUACAUCGAACCCGAGAGCGUGCUCGAGCUUCUCACGACGCGCAACGGCGACUACGACUUUGCGUGCGGGCUGGACUUCGGGCACUUUGGCGCGUACGACAUGUGGGUUCUCCGCGACCGCGUCGGGCGGCUCACGGCGGGGAUCUGGCCGUACUUCUUCGACGCUGCGAGCAUGGAGGCCGUCAAGCGAGAGGAGCCCGUCCCCGUGUACACCUGCUGGAACGGCAUCGUCGCGUUCCGUGCCGACCCUGUCCUCCCUGUCGCGCUGCGCGGGAACAGCACGCUCUCGCAUGCCCCGCUCGCGAAGCCUCCCCCCGCGAACCACCCGUGGACACCGCAGCUGGGCGCGUCGCCUGCGCAGACACCACCACUACGAUUCCGCGCGUCGGCAGAGGGCGAGUGCUACUCGUCGGAGUCGUUCCUCCUGCCAUACGACUUCCGGCGGGUCAUGGAGCUGGACAAGGUGUACGCGAAUCCCCUGGUGAUCACCGGGUACGCGUGGAAGUACUACACCUGGCACAAGUGGAUCCUCCGGCAUCCGCUCGUGAAGUGGUUUGUCGAGGAGGUAUGGGACGGUGCGUGGAUGCAGAACGCGCGCAUGGUCGUCGGCGACGCGAAGAGCGUCUGGGUGUGGGAGGGCGUCGAGUGCCAUCCGUGGUGGUAGCACGCACUUAAUUAUUGGUCGCUCUGAUAUCUAGCUUUCGGGUUGGGGCUCGGUUAUUGUACAACUGCAUGUGUCUUGCAUAGUGUCUUGCGAACAUGGCUAUCGGUGCUGCGAGCUGUGUCGCGAGUGCCGUCUGUGGGUCGUUGUGUCGGCUUAGUGUAUAGAUGGAGAACAUUGCUACUCUUGUUAUGAAUUGCGGUGUAUUGCGCUAAUUAUACGAGUGUAUAUAUCUAAGAUACCCCCUCCGUCUACUGCUGCUCUCGCGCCAGCGCCGCGACGAGCCCAUCUGCUCUCCUCACCGACCCGAACCUCAGCGGCUCAAGCCCGUAGCUCUCCGUGCCAAUAACGCCCUGGCCGAGGAACACCUCGUCGGGAAUGCGCUCCAGGCGCACGAGCUCGCGCCGGAUGUACUCGACCGACGCAGCCAUCAGCUCCGGGUACGCGACGUACUUGUCCGCCUCCGCAGGCGGGUAGUCGUGCACGCCCGAGCCGUCGUCCCGCCGCUCCUCCGCCUCCAGCCCGCCGCUCUUCUCCAGCUUCUCGAUCUUCUCGACCUUCCCACCCGCGAGAUUCACCGUCCUCCGGAAACCCUCAGGCGCAUCGCUCGCCACGCCGGGGUACGCGAUCCCACGCGCCCCACGCGCGCCCAACAGGUUCCGCCACACCGCCGCGGCGAGCUCCGUGUCCGAGCGCACGAGACCGAGGUCGAGGGACAUGCCCAUGCCCGCCCACUGCUCCUUGAAGAUCUUCAUCUGGCGCGAGACGAGGCUCUCGGGCGCGCGCCCGCGCGGCUUCGGCUUCCCGUCCACCGCGUUCGCGAUGCGGUAGAAGGACGAGGUGCGCGUGUAUGGCGCGAGGUUCUGUGCGGGGGCGAGCGACUUGGCGGAGACGGGCUGGAGCACGGCGCGCACGCGGUCCUCGACGUCAAUGAAGAAGUGGUCGAUGAGGCCCUGGACGUAGUUGGUGCCGUGCGGGGCGGGGAGCGCGCGCAAGCGGACGCUGAGGAGCCAGACGUGCAGGUUCGUGACUGUGAACCAGGACUGGAAGGUCGGCGGGAGGUGGCAUUCGUCUUGCCAAAACGCGAGGUCGUCAUCCGGCCGGGAUAUGCAUAGCUCCGAGUACAUGUUGUACGCUCUCCGUCCCGCGUACUGUUUUGCGCUACCGUAUCCGAGCAGACCAGCAAGGGUGAGGAAGGCCUGUUUCGCUGCAGGCGACUGCUUGAUAGUUUUUGAGAGCCAUGUCUGCUGGGGGGACGGGGGUUGCUGACUGGCGGACGGAGCAGGCGAAGAGCGCGGCUGCCGCUCUGUCGGUGGUGGUGUUGACGAGCCUGCUGGUGGUUGGAAGGACUGCUGUGUCGCGAGAGAGCGAGCAGGAGAGGGAAGAGAACGCCAGAGCCUGUGCACGGGAAGCGACUGACGAAGCAUCC